AUGUAUGACGAGAGUGAGAAAGACUUAGUUCGUGGUGAGAUAGAUAAUAUCUCUGAUACUUCCAGUAAUUCUACUAUCUUCCAAGCAGGGUUAACAGAUAAAGAAUUAGCUGAAAGUGUUGAUAGAAUUAUUGAGCAGAAUCAACGUUUAGUUCCACACAAAGAAUUGAUCUAUCGAGGUGCGGUACUUGCCAAUGAUGAAGGUAACGUUCUCGAUGAACACCGACACCAUUACAACGAUGCCGAAAUAGAUCAGCUAGCAUUUGAAUCAAAACAUUCAAUAAGGGCACAAUCUUGGACCAUGUUUUUAGUGGCACUUUCAGCGUGUCUUUCAGCUGUCAACUUUGGUCAUGAUGAAUCGGCAGUAAGUGGGGCACAAUUGGAUUAUAUUCAAUUGUUCGAUAUCACCAAUGCAAAUGUUCAAGGCACAGUUAAUGCAGCGCCUUAUUUGGCUGCAGGGACUAUUGGUAUCGGAUCUGCCAUAUUUCUAGAUAAAUACAUUGGUCGCAAAUGGAUUAUUUUCAUUUCUUGUAUUUUUGGAGUCGGAGGAUCCUUGUGGCAAGCAUUCAGUCAAUCUAUGGGUUCUCUAUUAGCUGCACGCUUGUUUCUUGGGAUUGGGAUGGGUUUAAAUUCUUCAGCUGUUCCUUUGUUAAUUGCGGAAGCUGCCCCAGCAAAGUCUCGGGGAGCAUUUUUAAUGUUAUGGCAGACUUUCGUUGCAUUUGGCGUUAUGCUUGGAAGUGUAUUUAAUCGAGCCUUUGUUGAUGUAGAAAAUAUUGGUUGGAGGUUAAUGAUUGGAGCUUCCUUUGUUGCUCCUAUUUUAACUGCUGCCCUUGUUCUUUUUAUACCCGAAUCUCCCCGUUAUUUGCUUUCUAUCCAUAAGGAUGAACAGGCAUUGGUAUCCCUCAUCAAAUUGCGUAAUAGUGAACUUUCUGGGUCAAGAGAUUUUUUUAUUUUAUAUAAUUCGUUGAAACGAUCAGAAGAAAUAGAGAAAAUCCCAAUAACUUCUCAAAUUAACCUUUUCUUUACCAAUGGUAGAGUGAAAUAUGCAUUAUUAGUAUCAGCUUUUAACAUGAUUAUGCAGCAAUAUUGUGGUGUGAACAUCCUUGUUGGUUAUACUACAACAAUUUUAGUAGGCGCUGGAGUGGACUCAAAAACUGCCAUAGCUGGAAGUAUUGGAAUUGGCGGAGGAUGUUUCUUAGCUACUUUCUUCUCUUCUCAAUGCAUUGAUCGUUUUGGAAGGCGAAGAAUGCUACUUUCAACUUUCCCUCUUCUUUCAGGAUGUCUUUUUUGGCUUGGUGGUUCUUUGUACAUAUCUGAUGAUACUUCCCGUUUGGGUUCAGGAUUGACUGCCAUGUACAUGUUCGUCAUUUUCUUUGGGCUUGGAAUUGGUCCAAUCAGUUGGACCUAUAAUGCGGAGGUUUAUCCGUUGAAUGUUAGAGUCUUGGGGGUAGCUAUCGGCAUGGCUAUCAAUUGGAUCUUAGAUUUUGUCUUAAGUAUGACCUGGCCAAAGAUGGCUCAAACUAUGAGUGCAAGCGGUGGUCUUUUCUUUUAUGCAUCCUUUAACCUAUUUGCAUUCUUCUUCGCCUAUUUUUUUGUUCCAGAAACCAAACAAUUAACUUUAGAAGAGUUAGAUAAGGUAUUCUCUCAAAGCCCUUUGAAAUUUGCCAAAACUAAGGUUUUACGAUUAUUUAGAAAAGACUAA